AGCAUUCCUCUCUUCGCUUAGGUGUAGGCAUUUUGCUAAAAUGGCAAGAACGAAGCAGACCGCUCGCAAAUCUACUGGUGGCAAAGCCCCCAGAAAGCAGCUGGCCACCAAGGCUGCGCGCAAAAGUGCUCCGGCUACCGGUGGCGUGAAGAAGCCUCACCGCUACAGGCCAGGGACUGUGGCUCUGAGAGAAAUUCGUCGUUAUCAGAAGUCUACCGAGUUGCUGAUCCGCAAGCUGCCAUUCCAGCGUCUGGUGCGCGAAAUCGCUCAGGACUUCAAGACGGAUCUGCGCUUCCAGAGCUCUGCCGUCAUGGCGCUGCAGGAAGCGAGCGAGGCGUAUCUGGUUGGCUUGUUCGAGGACACCAACCUGUGCGCCAUCCACGCCAAGAGGGUGACCAUCAUGCCCAAGGACAUCCAGCUGGCGCGUCGCAUCCGCGGAGAGCGCGCAUAAAGUUGAGCGGGCGGCUAUCAAAUUUCGGAAACCCAAAGGCUCUUUUAAGAGCCACC